AUGUCUAGGGGCCCGUCAUUGACGAGCUUUCUGUACUCGCUCCUCCCCAACCCCACAAUUGCUGCGGUGAUUUUGCGCAACAGCAAACUGUUUAAAUCGCCUCUUCAGAUCAACCAAAAGCCCAAUUCAGCAAAUAUCGACCCAGAAGGGCUGAACGGCGAUCCGGGCCUUCCACAAUCUGCGCAUCCAGUGCUCUUCGCUCGAAGGCUCAUCCAACUUGCCCUUUGUCUUCGGCAUUCUGACUCAAAAGCAUCCGAAAACCUUCAAAUACAAUUGAAUGAGUCUGUCACCAGUGCCGCAACUCGCUACUUUGAUGUAGCUUGUGGUUAUGUCUUGUCUCAUGACGCAUUGAUAAGCUCUCUCGACGGGUUACAAACUUUGAUACUCCAAGGACGUUACUACAUUACAAUCGGGGAUCUUCGAAAAGCGUGGUCGAUCCAUCGGCGGGCCUCCAAUAUUGCCUCCGCCAUGGGAAUUCCACUACUGGCACUGACAAUGGGUGGCCAUGCAGAUGCUGUGUGGUUUCAGCUGGUCUAUAGUGAUCGCUUUCUUUCUCUCAUGCUAGGGCUCCCUUUUGCAAUUACCGAGAAUUACUUGGAAAUGACAAGCUGCCGAGACACCAUCACCCCAGCCCAACACUUGGAACGAGUUCACGUCUUGGCUGCAGGGCGAAUUAUUGCCAGAAACGUGCGUGUACAAAACUUUGGCAUGCCGUAUGAAAUUGCGUGGUCGUCUUGCAAUGAAUUUACCGAGUCAAGAGACAUCGACCAAGAGUUGAAAAGAGCCACGAGACUUCUCCCAUCAAGCUGGUGGCUGACUCCGUCUUUGAACAAUGCAACCAUGGAAAACGAGGUACUAGAAAGGACGGGAAGGCUGCUUAUUCAAAUGCACCAACACUACCUUCUAGUCCUCCUACACCAACCAUAUGUGAUCCAACAGCUUUGUUCUGUUUUCAAUGCCGAUGACCUUCAACUCUCGGCUGAAAGUACCUAUAGCACACUCGCUGCUGCCUCAGCAAGCCGUGAGAUGAUCACACGUUAUCUUGAAUUUCGUGGGUACCAUCGAUCUCCAUCUUCCCGUGUUAUAGACGACAAGUGCUUCAUGGCCUCUAUAACUCUCCUAUUUGCCCACUUGGGCGGCCAUCGUCUAAGCAGCAUGAAUGUCCUGGAGCACCAAAGAUGCCAUGAUCUAGGAAUCAUUGAACGGGUCAUCGCGUUCAUGAAGGAGAUCUCCGUUUUGAAUGAUAAUCCUCUUGCUGCAGCACGGUCGCACUCUCUCAGCAACCUUUUGGAAACCGAGGCCCAUGCAGCGGAUGGACUGCCUUACCACGUCUCGAUUGAGGGGAAAAUAAGCAUGAGCAUUAACAGAGAUGUCGAGGGCACACUGCAUGGCUUCCAAAUUUCGGUUCCUUACUGUGGAAACAUCUAUAUCUCACACCAGAUACGCCAAGGUUCUCCCACUGAAGGUGUCUGGAGCUCCGAUGUAUUCGGCUCAGAAAUCAUUGAUACCGACUUUAUUGAGAACCAGAGGACACUCGCUAUUGCAGACGGAAAUCUCCUGGCGGUAGAGGGGCCACCAUCCCUACAAACCUACUUGGGUUAA